CGCGGCCUCACGUGGGCGGCGGGAGAUUCAAAUCGCGGGUGGAGCCGCCGCCGGCGCAGCCAUGGAGGGAGCGCGGCCGGUGCGCUAUGAGCGCCUCACCGCAGACGAGAUGGACGAGCAGCGGAGGCAGAACGUCGCCUACCAGUACCUGUGUCACCUGGAGGAAGCCAAGCGCUGGCUGGAGGCCUGCCUGAGCGAGGAGCUGCCCCCCCCCACGGAGCUGGAAGAGAGCCUGCGCAAUGGGGUCGUCCUGGCCAAGCUGGGCCACUGCUUUGCCCCCGCCACGGUCCCUCUGAAGAAGAUCUACGACCGCGAGCAGACGCGGUACAAGGCAGCCGGGCUCCACUUUCGGCACACGGAUAACAUCAACUACUGGCGCGAUGCCAUGAGCCAUGUGGGGCUUCCCUCGAUCUUCCACCCGGAGACCACCGACAUCUAUGACAAGAAGAACAUGCCCCGGGUGGUCUAUUGCAUCCAUGCGCUCAGCUUGUACCUCUUCAAGCUGGGGUUGGCUCCUCAGAUCCAGGACUUGUACGGGAAAGUGGACUUCACGGAGGAGGAGAUCAACAACAUGAAGCAGGAGCUGGAGAAGUAUGGCCUGCAGCUGCCCGCCUUCAGCAAGAUCGGGGGCAUUUUGGCCAACGAGCUCUCGGUGGACGAAGCAGCAGUCCAUGCCGCGGUGCUGGCGAUCAAUGAAGCGGUGGAUCGGGGCGUGGCGGCGCAGACGAUGGCGGCCCUCCGCAACCCCAGCGCGAUGCUUCGCGACCUGCGCGAGGGGCUGGUGGGCGCCUACCAGGAGGUGCUCCACCGGGCAAAGCUGGAGAAGAGCAGCAAUGCCAGGAACAGGUACCUGCAGGUGAUUCCCGAGGGAGAGGACAUCUAUGACCGGUGUCUGACCCAGGCUGAGAUCCAAGGGAACAUCAACAAAGCGAAUGUGCACGGAGCUCUGGAGGAGGUGGACGAUGCCCUGGAGAGACAGGACGCGCUGGCGCUGUACCAUGCGCUGCAGGACCCUGUCCUGGCCCUGCGCUGCCUCCAGCAGGACAACCUCGACUGGUACUUGGAGCAGCUCAGCACGGACCGGGAGCAGAAGGCGCUGGAGCUGGGCUAUGUUGACCCGCUGGAGCGGGAGGAGGUGGAGGCCGGGAUCCUUGCAGCGAACAAGAAGGGCGAGGAGGAGCGAGCCACGCUGCGAGCCGUCAGCCAGAUCAACGCGGCCAUUCGUCGCGGAAUACCAGCGGAAACGUUGGAAGCGCUGGCGGACCCUGCAGCGCAGCUGCCCGACGUGUACCCGCUUGCUGCCCCCCUCUACCAGCACCAGCUGGCUCUGCUGCAGCGCCAGCACCCACGGGGUGAACUGGGACAGGAGGAGCUGUUCGUGGCUGUGGAGAUGCUUUCGGCCGUGGCGCUGGUUAACCGAGCCUUAGAUGCCGGGGACCCUGAUGGGCUCUGGAACAGCCUGGUCAGCUCUGCCCUGGGCCUCUCGGGUGUUGAGGAUGCAAAUGCGCAGCGGUACUUUGAGGACCUACUACGGCUGAAAGGCCAAUCCAGGGAAGUGGGAGCCAAGUUCCUGAGCUGGAAUGACAUUCAGGACAGUGUGAACGACACGAAUUCAUCAGUGCAAGAUGAAAACAACCGAGUCCUCGCUGUCCGGCUGAUCAACGAGGCGCUGGGGCAGGCGGAUCCUGAGAAGACGCUGGCGGCGUUGCUGCUGCCGGCAGCCGCCCUGCCCGACGUUGCCCUCGCGACCGCUCGGCGCUACCACGAUGUCCUGGCCCGGGCACGAAGGCUGAAAGCCCAGGCCACAAAGGACGAUGGAGCUGUGCUCUGGUGGGAAGAGAUCAAGGAAGGGGUCUGCAGGGCCAACCAGGACACGGUGGCAGCCAGGAGGAUGGCUCUGGGCACCGCCGCCAUCAACCAGGCCAUCAAGGAAGGGAAGGCGGCGCAGACCCUGCGGGUGCUGCGCAACCCCGACGUGGCCCUGCGCGGCGUGGUGAGCGCCUGCGCCGCGGCGUACCAGGAGCAGCUCGCGGCCCUGAUGGCCACCAAGAGGCAAGCAGGGAGUGCGAAGCCGUGCUGGAUCCAGCAUAAGCUGACAGACGGUGCCGAGUAUUACCUGAGCCUGCAGACCUUUGAGGGCAGCUGGCAGCGCCCUCGCGACGGCGGCCUCAACACCACGCACCUGAGCCGGGAGGAGAUCCAGUCGGUUGUCACCCAAGUGACCGUGGCGCACGACCGGGAGUGCCUGUGGGCAUCCAACGAGGCCUUUGUGGUGAGGCUGCAGGCGCGGCUGCGGGGCUUCCUCGUCCGCUCGGCGUUCGCAGCACGACGGCACAUCCUGCAGGAGCAGUGGCCGGCUGCCAUCAGGAUCCAGGCUCGUUGGAGAGGGUACAAGCAGCGCAGAGCUUACCGGGAGAGGCUGCGAUACCUGCACGCCAACGCAGAUGCUGCGAUAAAGAUCCAGGCGGGUGUGAGGAUGUGGCAGGCUCGGAGAAGGUACCAGGAGAGGCUGCGCUACUUCAGGCAGAACAUUAAAGCUGUAAUUAAAAUCCAGGCUUUUGUGCGAGCUAGCAAGGCCCGUGGGGAUUACAGGAUGCUGGUGCACGCCAGGAGCCCGCCGCUGAGCAUCGUCCGGCGCUUCAUCCACUUGCUGGAGCAGAGCCAGCAAGACUUCUGGGAGGAGCUGGAGGUGCUGCGGCUGCAGGAGGAGGUGGUGAAGAGGAUCCGCGCCAGCCGGCAGCUGGAGAGCGACCUGGACCUCAUGGACAUCAAGAUUGGGCUGCUGGUGAAGAACAGGAUCACGCUGCAGGAGGUGGUGUCCCACUGCAAGAAGCUGACCAAGAAGAACAAGGAGCAGCUCUCAGAGAUGAUGUCCAUAGACAAGCAGAAGGGGCUCAAGUCGCUCAGCAAGGAGAAGCGGCAGAAGCUGGAGGCCUACCAGCAUCUUUUCUACCUGCUUCAGACACAGCCUGUGUACUUGGCCAGGCUGAUCUUCCAGAUGCCCCAGAACAAGUCCACCAAGUUCAUGGAGUCGGUGAUCUUCACGCUUUACAACUAUGCGUCCAACCCCCGGGAGGCUUACCUGCUGCUCCAGCUCUUCAAAGCAGCGCUGCAGGAGGAGAUCAGGUCCAAGGUGGACCACAUCCGUGACAUCCUGACGGGGAACGCCACAGUGAUCCGGCUGGUGGUCAGCUUCUACCGCAACGCCCGUGGGCAGAACGCCCUGCGGCAGAUUCUGGCUGGCCCCGUGCAGGAGGUCCUGCAGGACAAGACCCUCAGCAUCCGCACCAACCCGGUGGACAUCUACAAGGCAUGGAUCAACCAGGCGGAGUCGCAGAGCGGGCAGAAAAGCAAGCUCCCGUACGAGGUAACGCCUGAGCAGGCUCUCAGCUACCCUGAGGUCCAAAGGCGGCUCGAUAUUUCUAUCCGCAACCUUCUCACGAUGACGGACAAGUUCGUCUCUGCCAUCACCUCUUCCGUAGACAAGAUCCCCUAUGGGAUGCGCUACGUUGCCAAAAUCCUGAGGACAUCCUUGGCUGAGAAAUUCCCCAAGGCCUCAGGGGAGGAGAUCGACAAGAUCGUGGGGAACCUGCUCUACUACCGCUUCAUGAACCCUGCAGUGGUGGCCCCCGAUGGCUUCGACAUCGUGGACAUCUCGGCCGGGGUGACGCUGCAUCCCGACCACCGCCGCAGCCUGGGCUCCAUCGCCAAGGUGCUGCAGCACGCGGCCGCUCGCAAGGCCUUCGACGGGGAGAACACGCAUCUCUGCGGGGUGAACCCGUACCUGGAGGACACCCACAGCAAGUUCAGGAGGUUCAUCUCUGCUGCCUGCUGUGUCCCUGAGCCAGAAGAGAGGUUUAACAUGGACGAGUACUCAGAGAUGGUGGCGGUGGCCAAACCGGUCAUCUACAUCACAGUGGGGGAGCUCAUCAACACGCAUAAGCUCCUGCUCGAGCACCAGGACUCCAUCGCGCCACACCACGGAGAUCCCCUGCAUGAGCUUCUGGAAGAUCUUGAUGAGCUUCCUACAGUCCAGUCCCUUGUGGGGGAGGGCGCUCCCAGCCUGGCGGACAGCAGCGCUGAGCAGGCGCUCUCUCAGCUCAGCAAAAUGGAGAUCUCCCUCACCCUCACCAGCAAGCUGAUGCCAGCGGCCAGCAGCGAGGAGAGCGAUGCGAGGAGCUUGCUGCUGAGCACCAAGCAGAUGCUGGUGGAUGUGAUCCAGUCCCAGCCAGGAGAUUCCCUCCCGGAGAUCCUGUGGACGCAGGCCUCGGAGCACGAGGAAGCCUUCCACCACCAUCUCAUGCGCAGGCGAGCGCUGCGGGACGCCCAGACCCCUGCCAAGCUGAAACGCAACCGCUCGCUGGCUGCUAACAGCCAGCUGUCCGUGGAGGAGAAGAAGCGCAAGAUCAUCCGCAACCUGCGGCGCUUGGAGAGCCUGGGGCUUGUGGAUCCUGCCCAUCAGUACCAGGAGCUCAUCAACGAGCUGGCCAAGGACAUCUGCAACCAGAGGCGUUACCGGCAGCACCGCAAAGGGGAGCUCCUGAAGCUGAGACAGACCCUGCAGGGCCUCAACGCCAAGACUUUGUUUUACGAGGAGCAAAUUGAUUAUUACAACCAGUACAUCAAGACCUGCCUCGACAACCUGGCAGCCAGCAACAAGGUCAGCGGGAAGAACAAGAAGCUGCAGCCGCUGCACUACACCGCGGCCCGGCUGUUCGAGAAGGGGGUGCUUCUGGAGAUCGAGGACUUGCCGCUCAGCCAGUUCAAGAAUGUGAUUUUCGACAUCAUCCCCUGCGAGGAAUCGGGCAGGUUCCAGGUGAAAGCCAAAUUCAUGGGGAUCGACAUGGAGCGGUUCCAGCUGCACUACCAGGACCUGCUGCAGCUGCAGUACGAAGGCGUAGCCAUCAUGAGGAUGUUCGAUAAGGCCAAGGUCAACGUCAACCUGCUCAUUUUUCUCCUCAACAAGAAGUUUUUCAAGAAGUAACAGGGGGGGAGAGGGUUACGGGGGACGGGGGAUGAUGCAAACUUGCCAAAGAGAAACCUUGGGGUCGGUGGUCCUGGGGCAACGUGUCCCCAUGGUGGGGAAAGCUGCUGCUUGCGAUGAAGCUUCCCUGCCUGGGUGCAGCGUGCUUGAGCAUCCACAGCCUGCGGCGCUUGGCUGGGGGUGAGCAGGGGGCUCAGAGCUCAGCCCCAGGCCUGGGCAACUGGAAACCAGUGUUGGCUGGAGGCUGGCUGGGAUGCCCCCCACCCCCCCUGCAGCUUGUGCUGGUGUGAGCUGGUACCCGACCCUCCCCGCAGGAAGGAUGCGGCUGCCGCAGCUUUUGCAGCGCACGUAGCUUUUAAAAUGUAGUUUUUGUGGGUAUUUUGGCUGUUUAGUUCCUGUGUUGCUAACAGCUGGGCUGCUCAAGGACACUACGGAUUUCUGGACACUAUAUAUGUUUUUAGUAAUGAAAUAAAGAUAUUUUAAUAUAUGUAUUUUCUUCUUCCCACUAAAGAUGGGGAAAUAUUAGGUUUUUAUGGGUGUAGGGAGAGAGGGAGAAUAUAGAGGCAACAACUGCUCGUGAAGACAGGCAUGGGCUGUUCUCUAGUAAAGCCAGGUGGAAAUAGGAGUGUAUUGUUUUUUAAAAAUGAAUUUCUCAGCCUGCUCUUCAGCCAAGCUGGGGGCAGAAAUAGAGGAGGGUGGCCCAGAGCCAUGGGGGAUGCCUCGGGGGACUGGAGCAGGGACCUCUCCUCUGCUCUGGACCAUGUGGAUCCCUGGCCGCUGGUGUGGAGCAACCCCAAGGCACCGUCUCACCCAGGACUGUGGCUGCUUUGGUGCUUGAUGAGUUUUAAAGUGUGGCGUAAUGACUGAGUCAGGCUGUGGCUGCUCUUAAAGCACUUUCUCCUCUGUGUAAGCUCCUGCCCCAGCCCAUUCCACGUGCUGGGAAAGGAGCUGGUAACGGUCCCAAGCCUCCUCCCUGCCCCGUCUCCUUUGGGAGCAGCAGGGCUCCGACCUGCUCUGCAGAAGAGGUUUUUUGGGGGGCCUGAAUGGGAAUCUCCAUCGCUGCUUUGCUAUCCGCCUCGGCCCCGAUCGGUACCCCGACACAUUGGCAGCUGGGGUCUGGGUCUGUCUGUCUUGUCUUUGGAAAGUGGUGUUUGUUCGUGAGGUCUUUAUGUAUUUCUUUUUCUUUCCCUUCUGUCAUAUAAAAGCUGCAAACAGCACUUACCCCUCCGGUUCUGCAUCCCAGCUGUGCUCUCCUUGCUCAUUUACUCUAAAUAAAUACUUAUAAGAAAAUA